UGCUGUCAGCAGAAUUCGUGGAUUGAUCAUUACCAUUUUUGUUCAGUUGGAGUGGUAACGAUCCAACUGUUGUAAGUGAAAUGUGUUUGCUUUUAUCUGUAUGUAUGAGUACAGCCAAAAAGAAUGGGUAGAGGAAGACGCAGACAGGGGGGGGGGGGGAGGUUGCAGGUUUUCACCAUGUGACCUCACCAGCUGUUGCUGUAUGGUGUUAUGGGAGGCAGGAGGGAGGACAGGGACAGGAAAAUCAGGAGGGGAGGGGUGGAGAGGCUGCCGGUGGUGCACAAUGUGACUGGUGACAAUCCCCCCUGCACCGCAGAGAGAGAACGAGAGAGAGAGGGGAAAGGCAGCAUAAACAUGAUGCACAAGCACGAGAUGUGAGGAGGGGAGCUCACGCACGCCGCUCCUGAUUCAGCGGAACAGAUUUACCCGUCACCUCUCCCCCCCCGCAGCCUUUACGCAGCGCGCCCGCUGCAAAGCGCCGGACAAUCCCGAAACCCGCUCACUGUCAUCCCGCUGCAAGGUUGCGUGGAUUAAAAUUCUGCCGUAGGAUCCACGGGAGCUGGGAGGUCCAGAGCGAGAGGCGCAACAGUGAAACACCACCAGAGAGAGAGAAGAGAGGGGCGUUUGGAGGAUGGGAGAGCUCCAGAGCGACCACCGCAUCGAGGAUGGGCCACUGAAGAAGCUGCGGGACAAGUAGAGGAACUGACCCAAGCCCUGUUUUAUGCGUCGCUGCUCUAGGGCCCCCGGCGGGGACAUGUUCAUUAUGGGAUAGAUGCACAGGUCCGCUCGUUGCCAUGGAUACCAGCACGCGUAAAUUCACAGUGCGGAGAUGGUUUUCUAUCUACCUGAAGAACAAGGCGGCGCGCAACAAGAACAGCGCCGGAUUCUGUCAGCUGGAGGAUGACAGUGUACUCAAGGAAAUUGACAUCAGUCACCAUGUUAAGGAGGGUUGUGAGAAAGCAGACCCCUCUCAGUUCCAGCUACUCAAGGUGCUGGGACAAGGCUCUUAUGGAAAGGUUUUCCUGGUCAGAAAGAUAAGAGGGGUGGACAGAGGACAGCUAUAUGCCAUGAAAGUCCUGAAGAAAGCCACGCUGAAAGUUCGAGAUCGGGUGCGGUCUAAGAUGGAGAGAGACAUUCUAGCUGAAGUGAACCACCCCUUUAUAGUUAAACUACACUAUGCCUUUCAGACCGAAGGAAAGCUCUAUCUUAUACUGGACUUUCUCAGAGGAGGAGAUCUUUUUACACGUCUGUCAAAGGAGGUGAUGUUUACAGAGGAAGACGUCAAGUUUUACCUUGCAGAGUUGGCCUUGGCCUUAGACCAUCUACACAGUUUGGGUAUCAUCUACAGGGACCUCAAACCUGAAAAUAUUCUUUUGGAUGAAGAAGGAAACAUUAAGAUCACUGACUUUGGGCUGAGUAAGGAAGCUAUAGAUCAUGAUAAACGAGCUUAUUCCUUCUGUGGAACAAUCGAGUACAUGGCUCCUGAGGUUGUGAACAGGAGAGGGCACACACAAAGUGCUGACUGGUGGUCAUUUGGUGUGCUAAUGUUUGAAAUGUUGACAGGAUCUCUACCAUUCCAAGGAAAAGAUCGUAAGGAAACAAUGGCACUUAUUCUAAAAGCAAAGCUGGGAAUGCCACAGUUUCUGAGUACCGAAGUGCAAAGUUUAUUAAGAGCACUCUUCAAGAGGAAUCCAGCCAACCGUCUUGGUGCUGGCCCAGAAGGAGUUGAAGAAAUAAAAAGACAUUGCUUCUUUGCUUCUAUAGACUGGAAUAAGUUGUACAGGAAGGAGCUGAGGCCACCAUUCAAACCCACUGUGGGAAGACCUGAAGACACUUUUCAUUUUGACCCUGAGUUCACGUCCAGAACACCAACAGAUUCUCCUGGUAUUCCUCCUAGUGCAAACACACACCAAUUGUUUCGUGGUUUCAGCUUUGUAGCAACUAACCAAAUUCAGGAGGCCACUGUUGCCCCAGUAGUGCCUACUCAUCAGGAGGUAAACAUUAACCCCAUUGCACAGCAUAUUCGUGGAGAUGUGGCCUUCAAAGAUGUUUAUGAACUGAAGGAGGAAGUCAAACAGACAGGAGCCUCUGUUUGUAGAAGGUGUCUGCACAGAGUUACUGCUGUAGAGUAUUCAGUGAAGAUUAUUGACAGAGCUAGGAAAGAUCCAGCAGAAGAGAUUGAGAUUCUUUUAAGAUAUGGACAACAUCCAAACAUUAUUACUCUGAGAGAUGUGUUUGAUGAUGGCCACAGCGUGUUUAUGGUUCAGGAUUUACUGAGAGGAGAUGAGCUACUGGACAGAGCUCUGAAGCUGCCAAAUUUCACCGAGAGGGACGCAUCUGACAUCAUCUGCACACUGAUUAAAACUGUGGAGUAUUUACACUCACAGGGGGUUGUACAUCGAGAUCUAAAGCCCAGCAGCAUUCGCUACGCCGAUGACAGUGGACUCCCCGGAUCUAUCAGGAUCUGUGAUUUUGGUUUUGCCAAACAGCUCAGGGCCGAAAAUGGUUUGUUGAUGACACCAUGUUACACGGCUACAUUCAUGGCUCCUGAGGUUCUGAGGAAACAAGGCUACGAUGCUGCCUGUGACAUCUGGAGCAUAGGGAUCCUGCUCUACACAAUGAUAGCCGGCUUCAGCCCAUUUGCCAGCAGUCCUACUGACACAUCAGAGGAGAUUCUGGCUCAGAUUGGCAGUGGGAAAGUCAUCGUGACAGGAGGGAAUUGGGACUUGGUGUCACUUGCUUCCAAGGACCUUGUGGUAAAGAUGCUUCAUGUCGAUCCUCACCAGCGCCUAACAGCCCCACAGGUUCUUCGACACCCGUGGAUGGUUGACAGAGACCAGCUUUCUGACAAAACUCUCACCAGAAAGGAUGCUCUCACAGUAAAGGGGGCACUCUCUGCCACGUACUCCGCUCUGAGGCGCUGCACUCCUGCUCCAGUCCUGGAACCUGUGCAGUCAUCCAGCCUGGCCCAGCGAAGAGGGAUGAAGAAGAUGGAGAGUCUAAAAGUCACUUCAGACCCUGAAGAAAAGGAAUAAUCCCAACAGACUGCGUGAAACACAAAAUUAAAUUCAAGUCUUAAUUUAAAAACCCUACUAUCAGAGGGGGAUGGACCCCUUGAACAGCACAAGCCAUGCCUCCUCGACCCGAAGAUAACACGUCCCACUAACAGGCUUGGCUUCACAUCUCACAGCAUAAAUUUUGGACCCUCUAGAAUUGAAACAAAUAUGACUUUGAUACAUAAUAGUCAUAGUAGAACCCUUGAAUCCAAUUUUGAUCACAUCUCACUAGUUUAAAAAUCCAGGAUUUGUCUUUUCAGUCUUUUUAUUUGUCUUCCAGCCGACAGUUUCAUACAGGUUUUUAUUAAUUACAACAAACUAGUUUCCAUGAUACACUCCCCAGCUAAGUCUAACUCAAGUUCCCUUUUAAUGAAUAUUCUAAGUAUUCUAAACAUACAUACUUCACUGUCACACACUGUGCAAUACACACAAACACUUGCCUUUAACUGUACAAUAUCUAGAGCAAAGUGGGACAAAACUGUAUUCAGUGACAUGCAAUGAAAGGAUUUACUUUACCUUUAAUCUUUAGCUCAUACCAAUAUAUUUGCAGAGUAAACAUUUAUAUCCUACCAAAGUGAGUAUUUCCUAAGUUUUUUAAGCCACUCAUUCAAAAUCUGCUUGGUAAUUAUUCUUUCCAUUUUGUAAACAUCAUGUCAUUUUGUUGAACAUCAUGUCCAAUAGAAAAACUAUUUUACGCUUAAAAUAUUUUCCUUUCAAAUCUCCACUGCAUGUACAAGAUCAGACUUAUCAGUGAGAUACAGUAUAUAAUUAGCAAAGUUUAUUAUAUUUUUAUAGCAUACAUUAAAAAAUUUCUUUGGAGAUGUCAUUAAAAGUGAGAGCAACCACCAGUUCUCAUAUACUCUAAAUGUCUCUGUCUUAGCAAAAAGUAGUCUGUACAUCGGUGCCUCUUUGGGGCUGCCAGCAUUUUCUGUUUGUCAACAGUGUCUGAAAGCCAAAAUGUCUGAGAACCACUGUGUCAAAGACUUUACUGUAUAUGUUGUCACUUGCUGCUGCUCUGAUUGUAUUUAAUGAGGUGUACAAUCAUUAAUACGAGGUAAGGAUGAAUAUGCGUUAUGACAUGCAGAUAUUAGUAGCAUUCAUGUUGUGUUACACUUUGGCAAUGCUGGAAAUUUUACCAGUAACACUGUAGAUUUUGAUGCCAUUCAACUGAUAUGCACAUUUACCAGUCAGACGCAAAACAUAAUGGGAUAUAUAAACCAGUAAACACUGUAGCAGAAUACUGUUGCAGCAAUUGUGUACAUGUUUGCUGGUACAGUCCAAAUGUGUCAUGUUGCAGUGCACAGCUCUGACUAGUGUACACGGGGCUCUCGCAGUCAUUAGGUUUGGAUAUAGGGUUGUAGAUUCUGUGAACACCCAAUCUGUAGGUAAAGCUGUAUAUAUCUUUGCUAAUUUAAAUGCACACUAUCUUCCAAAACCACUACUGAAAAUAUUCUGUAGUAUAUGCAGUGCUGUACAGCUUUAUGGAGUCAGAACAAAUGUACAUAUGAUGUUUGAAAAUGUAUUAAGACUGUACAUAUUAAGAAAUAUUGUGCAUCCACCGCUCAGAAUGCACAAACUGUCUACAUAAGGCCAAUGGUUGAAAAAAAUUGGUGAAAAUGCCAAAGUUUUGCAAAUAAAUUAAAUGAAUGGAAAUGGAUAUAUGUAAAAAGUGGCAUGUGUGAGUCAAUUUGAUGUUUUUACCGUUACAACCAAACAACAGACAAGAUGUCUCACAG